CCAACGAGCUCAAAUAUUCCCAACGAGCUCCGCCCCGCGCGUGGGCUGACGAACAAUCAUCUAAUGAUGAAGAUGAUGGAUUGAACGCAGAAGUGUCAAGAACCAAAGGCCUUAAAAACAGGCGAACCAGUCGAGCUCGUCGCCGUUCAAUUCUCCCCGCUACGCCGGCGACGGAACCAAGGUAUGAUGAAGCGUUGUCUUAGUUGAUUGAAACUAAAGAACAAGGUCAUAAUUACCUGUCUUUUACGCGAAGAAGCAUAAAUGGAGGGUCACCCUGCUUUAUCCAUUCAAAGGGUGGGGCCUAGACAACUUAGUAACUUCGGUGCAUCUGGAGCUCUCUCUUCUUCUACUUUACCAGUUCUUCCAACGAAUCUUGAGGUGAAAUACUCCAAGUUUCCGGAUACACAACAGCUUGCUCCCCUAUCAUCAAACAGUGGGGUUGUCGGUCUCAUGCUUUCUUCAGCAUCUGCAUUUUCCAGCGACCUUCAUUUUUCAUCUUCCUCAUCCCUAGAGAAUCACCACCCAAUACAACCUCAUUUUAUUCAUCAGUCAACAACGAAUAACGAGACGCCGAUGUUGUUGCCCGAUUCUAGGGCUCUUCAUUCCACAGCAUCGAGUCAUUACACUAAGGAACACAUUGUCCCUUGGUCACCUGAUCCAAUAGUUGAUCUUUUAUAUUACCCAACAACAGAUGCCUCUUUGCAAAGUAGUCAGCAGCUAGACUGCAGUAACAGUGCUGAUUGUGCCAUAACUUCUGAGGAUCUUGGUAAACGCAAUGAUUGGCAGGAAUGGGCUGAUCAGCUGAUUUCUGAUGGUGGUGCUCUCACUUCUGAUUGGAAUGAUAUCAUUGACCAUACAAGUGCUCCGGAUUCAGAUCCAAAUGUGCCAAAACAAUCUUCUGAUUUACAAACCCAGCAGCCGAAUGCAUCCCAGCAACUCGGUGCUUUUCCUGUAGAAACCUCAGCUGUUGUUUCCGUACCAUCCACUGCAAGUGGUGCUCCUACAAAGCAGCGCAUGCGUUGGACACCUGAACUUCAUGAAGCAUUUGUGGAGGCUGUUAACAAGCUUGGUGGAAGUGAAAGAGCUACUCCCAAGGGUGUGUUGAAACUAAUGAAAGUUGAAAAUUUGACAAUCUAUCAUGUUAAAAGUCACCUGCAGAAAUAUCGUACGGCUCGCUAUAAGCCUGAUUCCUCAGAAGCAUCCUCAGAGAAAAAACAGACCGGUAUUGACGAUUUUCCAUCUCUGGACUUGAAAGCGGGUAUAGAGAUCACUGAAGCGCUGAGGUUACAGAUGGAAGUGCAAAAGCGGCUCCAUGAGCAGCUUGAAAUUCAACGGAAUCUGCAGCUGAGGAUUGAAGAACAAGGGAAAUAUCUGCAGAUGAUGUUUGAAAAGCAGUGCAAGUCAAUGCCAAAUCUUGAUAGAGGCAACAAGGGAUCACCUUGCACGAGUGAUACUAACCCCUCAGCCCAGUUGACCGAUGCAAAAACAGGAGAUUAUGGGGCCAAUGCCAAUGCCGUGAAUAGCAACUCUCCUCUUCAGACAAGUGAAAAAAGAGAGUGUGAAACAGUAGUAGUAGAAACUUCUGGCUCGUCAUCAUCACCCGACUCACCAGCAUCCAAACGCGCUAAAGUGGUUCCCCAAUGAGGCUUGUCAUUCAUUAUUAGUUCUUGAUGAUGUCGUCAGUUUUAUUAUUUGAUACUCAUGGAACAUAACUUUGUCACUUCAUUCUGUUUUGGGUCAGUAAUAAUUUGUUUCACACACCGAACAAAUAUAGAUUUCAAUUACAU